AUGUUAACACUCCUCUCUCCCCACUACAAAGCCCAGGAAGUUACAAGAGGUGACCUUGUCAUCGCCUCGACGGCGUUCGGCUUCACGCUUGGUUUUGGAUGGUUGACUGUCUUCAAGGCCAUUAGGCAGACCUGGCAGGUGUAUCAGCGCCAUGGCCUACGGGUGUUUCGAAAUGCUUAUAUUAUAAUGGUCUGGGGGGAGUUGACGGUCUUCACGUCAUGGGCUCUUCAGGUCCAAUUCCUCCUCCAAAUCAUCGUCAACCGCUGCGGUAUCCUCCUCACCAACAAAAAGAAAGCAUACCGCCUCAAAGUCCUCAUCGGCACACUUAUAACGGCCGUUAAUAUUUCCGUCUACUGCAUAUGGAUUCCAGCGCGAUUGCAAGUAUCUGAGCGAUAUAUCCACAUCAAUGAGUGGUGGGACCGAUGCGAAAAAGUCAUCUAUCUUAUUGUCGACGGCUGUUUGAAUUUCUACUUCAUCCACAUCGUUCGAAAAAAUCUUAUUAUUCACGGCCUUACCAAGUACAAGAGGUUGACGCAUUUUAAUAUGAUUAUCAUUGGGUUUUCCUUGAGCAUGGAUGUUCUUAUCAUUGCCAUGAUGAGUUUACGAAAUACCUUUGUGUAUGCCUUUGUCCCCAAGUCCCCGACCUACUUUGAACAUGCUAACUGUUGA